AUGGCCGGAUGGAAUCAGCCGACCGAACCGGCGCGCAAAAUUGCCGGCGAUGACGAUAUCGAACUGGCCCGGGUUCUCCCAGUUCAAGAUGAUGUUCCAGAUGCCAUCGUGAACAUAGAGUCUUCCACAGCACCACCGCCGCAUCCGAACGCCGAUCACAACAACACGACCAGCCGUGAUCGCGGUGCUCACGAUGAUCCAGCAGCCAACGGUGCCCCCUCAAAUUCUUCACCUCCCAUCCCAAGAAUCAGCCGCUCCCUAACCCUCCGCCUCUACACUUCGCACUUCCUCUCCACCUGGAACUCUCGCCUCUUCGAAGCCGGCGUCGUCUACUUCCUCGCCACCAUCUUCCCCGACAACCUCCUACCCGUCUCCCUCUACGCGCUCUCUCGCAACCUUGCCGCCAUCAUCUUUGCCGUUCCCGUCGGUCACUGGAUUGACACCGCUCAUCGCUUGACUGUUGUCCGCGCCUCCAUCGUUGGACAGCGGCUAGCUGUCGCUGCUUCAUGUGGUCUCUUUUGGGCGGUACUGGAGUUGCGGGUAGGAUGGAGGGCGUCGAAGCUUGUUGAUGGGUUGUUCGGAGCCAGUGUGUUGCUGGCUUGCGUGGAAAAGCUGGCUGCGGGGGUGAAUUUGAUUGCGGUGGAGAGGGAUUGGGUGGUGGUUAUCACGCAGGGAAACGACGAGGCGAGGAGGAAGAUGAAUGCGAGAAUGCGGAGGAUUGAUUUGUUUUGCAAGUUGCUGGGACCGUUGACGGUUGCGUUGAUUGCGGCGGUGUCGGUGAAGUCGGCUGUGUAUACGACGCUGGGGAUGAAUCUGGCGUCGGUGUUGGUGGAGUAUCUUUGCAUUGAGACGGUGUUUCGGAGGGUGCCGGGGCUUGGUCGUCCUGCUCCGGAGGAGGCACCGACUGAUCAGUCGUUGGAGCCGCUCUCGAUGGUCGAUGGCGAGGCUGGCAGCAGCACACGUUUUCAGCUUGGCAAGUGGCUCGGGGACAUAUCAUGGCGCAAGCUGCUCAUGAUUCCCUCUUUGCGUCUCUACUUUGGCCAUCCAGCUUUCAUCCCCUCUCUUUCCCUCUCCCUACUAUACCUCACGGUGCUCUCCUUCUCCGGCCAGAUGCUGACCUACCUGCUUGCCUCCAACCUCACCCUGUGGCAAGUGGGCAUCAUCCGCGGCAUUUCGACAAUCUUCGAGCUCAGCGCCACCUGGAUCGCGCCCCGUCUGAUGAAGCGCAUCGGAGUCCUCCGCACGGGCUUGUGGUCCAUUACAUGGCAGAUUACCUGGCUAGCCGGCGGCGUCUCCUGGUUCUUUUACUACUACGGGAAGGGCUAUGAGGCCACUAGCCUUAUGUCUGCCGUUGGGCUUGUCGUUGCCGUGGCGUUCAGCCGCGUUGGUCUUUGGGGGUUUGACCUCUCGGUACAAAACAUUGUGCAAGAUGAAGUCCAAGACGAUCGCAGAGGCAUCUUUUCCUCGGUGGAAGCGUCGUUCCAGAACAUGUUCGACAUGUUGGCUUGGGCACUUACCAUCAUCUGGUCCAGCCCAAAUUCCUUUCAGUGGCCAAUUGUCAUCAGCGUCGCGGCAGUCUAUGUGGCUGGCGGACUCUUUGCUCAAUUUUUGCGCCGUCGUAGAGGUCAUCUUCUGCACCCACCAGCGUGUAUCAAAACCAACAGACGUCGACGGAACAACUCACAUUCGUUUAGUGUCGGUUGGCAUCGGCGUUCAAGACGCAGUAACAGUGACAGCAUCAUCCUAUGA